AUGUACAAAACGCACGUCCCACACAUGGACAACACACUGCAAUUCAAUGGCACAGUACAUGAUGACGAUGCAAGCGAUAUAAAAAUAACGAGACUUAAACAGGGUCAUUUAUUCAGUGUGGAAGGAUCCAAGAACCGGAUAUCUGUGAGAGCACAACCCGAUGAAAUAACUCGGCGGGCAGAACAGAUCGGUGCAGCACACAUUGAUAGGCUUUUGAUAGCUAGCCAAUUAUUUGUGGAUUUUGAAUUUUCGGAUUUUCGGAUUCGGAUUCAUAAUUUUAAAUUGAAUUUGAUUUGGAUUUGGAUUCUUGGUACAAUGAUUACAGUGCACACCAUAUAUGAUGAUUACCGCGAAAAAUACCAGCGCAAUUGUUUUAAACCAGUGGGUUCCCCAACGGGAUCCAUGUAG